AUGAAUUCAAAUUCAAAAACAAUAAUAAAAUACUACAAAACACUAUUAUACCUAUACCUAUUCUUCAUAAAAGGUAUAUGGACACAAUUAGAUGAUAAUGAUGCCACCUACUAUUACAGACCCGGCGAAAGAACAGGAACCACAGCGAGUCUUGUUGGCGAUAAACUUUAUUUCAUAGGAGGGAUGUCAUUAAGUCAAAGUUACACCGAUUUAUUUUAUCUUGAUCUAUCGACGAAUUUUAGUUCAUCAGUGCCGGCAUUUAUGAAUACAAAUAAGACUUUGGCGAAUUUCAAUGGUAACAGUUUUGGGACUACGACAGUUGGCGGAAAGAAUGGAUGGACUAUUUUUCUUUAUGGUGGGCAAAUUCCUCAAUCUAACAACUCGCUAAGUUCACCAAAUGACCAAAGCGGCGACGUCUACGAACUUGAUCCCUCAACAAAUACAGAAUCACUAGCAAGACUAGAUUUCACUGGCCCACUGCCUGAUGGGCGAGACAAUACAAAAGCAGCGAUGGAUAGUAGUGGAUUAAUUUAUAUUUGGGGCGGCUUUAACACCGAUAGAGCAUUAUGGAUAUGUGACACAACUGCAUUAAAGUGGACGAAUUCAACUCCUUCGUUUAAUCCGAAAUCGCGAGGCGAUUAUAGUGUCACGUUGUUGCCAGAUGGGCGACUUAUUUAUAUUGGAGGAGCUUUGACGAGGAAUGCGAGUAGUUUCACGGAUAUAAAUCAGAUUUGGGAAUAUAACACAAAUGUGAAUAUUUGGAUAAAUUAUACUGCUAAAGGAGCAAAUAUUACAAAUAGGGCACGACAUAGUGCAGUCUUGGCUCCAGAUGGAUAUAGUAUAAUAGUAUAUGGAGGAGUUUCCCCAACUCCACUAUCAUUACAGAAUUCUCUCGUUGUAAUGGAUACAAGAAGCUUCACAUGGGUAUUUCCCGGUGUGAAAAAUCGACCACCAACAAUCAUUCCAAGUCAUCAUACUGCAACGAUGAUCGGAGAUAUAAUGGUUGUAGCUUUUGGAUCUGAAGAUGAAAAACCCAGCAAAUCAGUAUACCUCCUCGACACAAAAAAUUCCACUGAUUACAAAUACGAGUGGGUAUCCACAUACACCAAACAACCACUACCUACCACAACGACCACGAUCAAUCAAACAAUUGUCAACGUGACAAAUAAUAAUACAUCAAAUACAGCCGCGAUUAUUGGUGGUGCUAUUGGCGGUUUCAUAUUUGUGUUUGCGUUGGUCGCCGUUGGUAUAGUUUACUAUCAUCGACGCGAGGCCAAGCAAAACGAUAUUACGAACGAUAUUGCGGAGCAUGGUCAGUUGUCAGAAAUACGGCUAAUUUAA